AUGUCUCUCACAGCAGCUGUUCAGGACUUGUUCAAGUCGGCCUACGAGUUCAUCGCCUCUAUUUUCCAUACCAUCUUUGCCGCUUUUGCGUCGCUCGUGCAUCUCUUUGAGAGCGUCGUCUUGAAGAUUGUUGCCGUUGUCGGCUCCAUUGGCACGUUUGUUCUCGGCAACUUUAUCGUCUUGAGCAUCGGUGCUGGACUCAUGUUCUUCUACUUGCAGCGAAGUGGCAAAAAGCCAGCGGCUGCCUUGAAGGCCAAGAAGACAAACUAG